AGGAACUUUUGCGCGAGUAAGACGGAUGCCGAGUUGAACGACAACAUGCUGCGUUUUAGAACAAUGAGUUUCUUAUUAAACAUGCGAACAUUUUACUCUUAAUCAUUUACCUCGCUUAAUAUACAGAGCUGUUGUUUGCAUUUUGUGAUUGAGGUGGUUAGUUACGUGUAACAUUUUAUUAAACAUAAAGUGCUCUGUCUUUUACUAUAGUAAAACUUCACCGCAGCUUAUUUUAAGUCGUUGUUGUAGUUUUAAUCAUAAAGAACGGGAGCUCAGACAGUCAUGUCAGGAACAGGUGAGUUGGACUCGCUGGAAUCCAGUCCUGCUUCUCCCCAUCAGUCCAGUGCUCUGAGUGAAAGGACCCUGACACCAGAAGAGCUGGAUAAACUCAGGACUGACCGCGUUUUAGUGUCGGACUUUAAGCAGCAGAAACUCGAAAGGGAUGCUCAGAAAAACUGGGACUUGUUUUAUAAAAGAAACACGACGAACUUUUUCAAAGACAGGCACUGGACUACCAGAGAGUUUGAAGAACUGAAAAAGUGCAGAGAGUCUCAGGGGCAGAAGCUGGUGUUAUUGGAGGCUGGCUGUGGGGUUGGAAACUGUAUUUUCCCUCUUCUGGAAGAGGAUCUCAGUAUCUUCAUUUAUGCUUGUGACUUCUCUCCACGAGCUGUUGAGUUUGUGAAGCAAAAUGCCUUGUAUUGCACCGAGCGAUGCCUUGCAUUUCAGUGUGACCUCACUAAAGAUGAUCUCCAGGCCACCAUACAAGUGGAGACAGUGGAUGUAGCCACAUUGAUAUUUGUUCUGUCUGCAAUUCAUCCUGACAAGAUGCAGAAAGCCCUGGAGCAGAUCUAUAAGGUAUUAAGACCAGGAGGUAUUGUCCUCUUCAGGGACUAUGGACUUUAUGAUCAUGCCAUGUUGAGGUUUAAGUCGGGCAAUAAGCUGGGCGACAACUUCUAUGUAAGACAGGAUGGAACCCGUUCCUUUUUCUUCUCAAGAGAGUACUUGGCUGGUUUGUUCCAACAGGCAGGAUUUGAGACUCUAGUGAACGAGUAUGUGUUGAGAGAAACUGUAAAUAAAAAAGAGGGUCUGUGUGUUCCCAGAGUGUUCCUGCAGAGUAAAUUUCUCAAACCUGUCCCAUCAUUAUCACCAGCAUAAAUAAGUCACAAUUUUGUAAAUGUGUUUUUCAAGGUGUCAUGCAUUCAUUUAUUGUAUUUCAGAUAAAUACAAUGUUCAAUUGCAUGUUGUUUUUGUACUUAAUGAAACUUAUCUCUUAAUGAAAUAAUGUACUUAUCUCUUAAUGAAAUAAAAUCUAUAUAUUUUUCA